AGGGAUGAGGAGACGUGACUUCUCUCUCUACAAGGAGUAUGCCACUGAUAGAUGUCCUGAUUUCAAGGACUAUCCCUGGUCGGAAAAGAAUGAAGUUGUGGCCGAGGAAGUGAAGGAGAUAAGGGACAUGGUAAGGGGAUUGACAAGACAGGUUACAGAGAUUGUGACCACCACCGGAGCCACGGCAUAUCGAGACAAGCCCGGAGGACCCUAUUCACUUCGCUGGGAUCGGAGGAACACUGAUUCCUGGAGGAGUGUCGAGGAUAGAAAUCCCCGAACGCUGACUGAUUAUCGUGUGAGGGAAAGGGGGAGAGACGAUGAGCCAUGGCGGCGCAGGGAUGAUGAGAUAGAUCGGGACCACAAGACUCGCGAGACGUAUGGGCGUGCUAGGAGACUGGAUGACUACUCGCGUAGCCCUCGCUAUGAGCCUGACGGGGGUAGAGGUGACUCUCGAGGCCGGUGGGAGUUGGAUCAGGGUCGGCGAGACGGAUACAGGGGCGACAGAUAUGAGAGAUCGGGUCGAGAUGGACAUAGAGACGACAUAUAUGAGAGGUCGGAUCGAGACGUAUACAGGGGCGACAGAUAUGAGAGAUCGGAUCGAGAUGGACAUAAAGACGACAUAAAUGAGAGGUCGGAUCGAGACGGAUACAGGGGCGGCAGAUAUGAGAGAGAAGAUCGACCCGACGAUUCGCGCGGGCGAUACGACCGAGGAAAUCGACGUGAUGAUUCACGCGGGCGAUACGACCGAGGAGACCGACGUGAUGAUUCAUGCGGGCGAUACGACCGAGGAGACCGACAUGAUGAUUCACGCGGGCGAUACGAACAUGGAGACCGCCGCGAUGAUUCGCGCGGUAGGAAUGGGAGAGGGGGAUAUGGCGCGUCGUCUGAUCUGUAUCCAAAGUCCCUUGGCCCUAGAGCAGCGAGGGGUUCGACCUCCAGAGGCGCAGACGACAGACCACCCACUCCCAGGAACUUUUGCGUCUACUGUAGAGGGGAUGAUCAUAUCAAGAAAGAUUGUCCGGAUCUCAAACGGGCAAUAAAUGAAGGACUUGUCGUGCUUGAUGACCGCAAGUACAUCAAGUGGGCAGAUGAUGUGGGAGACAUAUCGAUGUUCCCCUCGAUGAAGGAGAAUGUCGAAGCAAGGAGAGUAAAGCCGAGUAAAGGAAAGGAGCCAGUUAGGAGUCAGAGCAUCAAGAUAACUUUCGAAGGAGAUAUGGCAACCACACCCAUAAGGGUGGCAAUUACCAAGUCCGCAAGAGGGUCUACAUCGAAGAAGACCGACACGGAUUAUGUGAUGGCGGAGAAGGACGGACAGCGGAUCGAUGGAGAGGAGGUUAUUCUUUCACCACGGAAGCGAGGAGUGAAGAAGUUCUUGAUGAAGAGUUCGCUGGACGAGAUUGACACGGUCGAGCCACUGAGGCGGGCCCUUCGGCAGCCCAUGCAGUGCUCUAUUCUGAAGUACCUGGCGGCAUCGAAGCCGGCUCACGAUGAGUUACAGAUGAUCACGCGGAAGACUCGCAUACCUCUAUCAGAGGAGGCUCAGGGGGCCCCUAAGGCGGAAGCUCCUACAGUAGCAGUAACGGGGGUGACUGCCAGAGCAGAUCGCAUAGGGACAGUCCUUCUUGAUGGGAUGGAAGACGAGGAUCUGGCGGUGCAAGUUGGACUGGGACUCGAUAGGUCAUACUUAUUCGAGAUAGAGACGGUUGAUGUGAGAAAGCAACAGAUCACAGAAGUUUGUCACAAGGCAGCCAUAGAGGUCCAAGGGGUACGAGUGACCCUGCCUGUCUUUGCAGUCAAGAACUGCAGCUAUGACCUGCUCUUGGGACGAACGUGGUUGAGCCACGUGCAUGCGGUGACGAUAGAGCGACCGGAUGGGAGCCAGACAUUGUCCAUUAAGAAGCUAGAUGGGACGCGGGUUAUGAUUGAGACAGUGGAGCCUCGAGACCCGAGGAACAGAGCAGCUCUCGCUGUCGGUGUAAGACCCAGUGAUCAGAUUAAGUCAUUACCUAUCUCCGGCCGCGCGAUGCGAUUUCGCGAGAAGAAGUACGGACCACUGCUCACAGAGGAAGAAGGACGGAUCGUGGAGGUGGAAGAUUUAAAGAGUCGACUGAUAGUGGACGGCAACUCGUAUCAAAGGAGACAGAUGAGGAAUUUGGCGGGGUGGUAUCUGUGUCUUUUUUAAGGGCACGGCCCCCUAUAGGGGGCUACCCAAGCGA